AUGGUUAACUAUGCUCUAAGAAGGGGAAGAAGACUGUCUCGACUUGAAUGGAUGGGAUUCAGUGUUGGCUACAGAAUCAUUGAACGAUUGACAAGCGAAUGGAAUCGAUUUAAAGAUGAAUUGGAUAUGAUCAAAUUUAUCUGUACAGAUUUUGGUCUAGUCUUUAUCAAUAAACAAAUCGAUAAUUUAAACAAUCAUCACGGUGUAUAUGUAUUACAAGACAACUCAGUUAGAUUAUUAGAAAAAAUAGGUACUAGUAAUAAUAAACAUAUCUUCAAGAAAGUCCCACGGUUAUUAGCAUUCACUUGUGGACUUCUAAGAGGAAGUUUAGCAAAUCUUGGAAUUAUUAGUACUGUUAAUGCGGAAAUUUCUACAUUACCAAGUUGUAAAUUUCAUGUACAGUACAAUCGAAUUUAAUGUUAAUAAACCUGAUAUAUUUAAUCAUAAAAAAUUAUACAACAAAAUAAUAAUGCAUUUAUUCGUAUAUUAUAAUUUGUAUAAUUCAGUAUAAGCUUCAUAUAAUUGUACAUAAGUAUUACUUAUACUGUAGCAAUCCCUUAAUUAUGUAUUUGUACUUUUAUGUUAACAUAAUCAGCCUAAAUGUAGAAUACCACUGAAUCUGUGUUUAACAUACAAGUUCUCGCAUAAAAUUAUUUUUCUUAUUAAUGAAGAUAAUAAAAAAUGGAAAUGCGAAUAACAUUGUAUUUUGUAUUUUAACGAUUUAAUUGGUUGAAUUAUUCAAUGUUAAUUUAUCGUUAUUUUUGGUAAUAAAAUUCAAAAUGUGAAA